AUGGGGGUUCAGGGGGUCCUUCUGGGGAUGCUGGCUUUUCUAGGGGUUGCUCCAGGGGGCUCCCUCACCCUUCACUGGGACAGUACCAGUCCCUGCUACUUGGUCAAGCCCAUCCCUGAACCUCUGGGUUCCCUGAGCUUCUUGGGCAAAGGCCAAGGCCUGGCACUUUUCCAGGCCCUCUGGGAUGCGCACUACAGGCUGAAGGUAUGUAUCAGGCAGGAUGAAUCUGAGCUCAUCAGAGCUUUUGGGGUCCUCUGUACUCGUGAACCCUCGAGGCACUCCUUCAUCCACACCCCUGGACCUGAGCUGCAGAGAGCCCUGGCCACCCUGCAGAGCCAGUGGGAGGCCUGCCAGGGGUCUGAGGAUAGCCCUACAGGAGCCAGGGAGAAGCGAGCCUCAGGGCAGAGUGGAGCACCUGACAGAGGGCACGUUAGAAGGAGGAGAGGCUGGACCAUUCCUGGCACGCUGUGGUGUGGAGUUGGGAACUCUGCAGAGAACUCCUCAGAGCUGGGUAUGUUCCACGGCCCUGACCUCUGCUGCCGGGAACACGACCAAUGCCCACAAACCAUCUCACCCUUGCAGUUUAACUAUGGCAUCCGAAACUUACGAUUCCACACCAUCUCUCACUGCGACUGUGAUGCCAGGUUUCAGCAAUGCCUGAGGAGCCAGAAUGACUCCAUCUCUGACAUCAUGGGCAUGGCCUUCUUCAACGUGCUGGAGAUCCCAUGCUUUGUGCUGAAGGAGCAGGAGGCCUGUGUGGCAUGGCACUGGUGGGGCGGGUGCAAGGCGUAUGGCUCAGUGCCCCUCGCUCACCUCCAGCCCAGGACCUACUAUAAUGCCUCCUGGAAGGCUGUAGCUACCUCACCUACUCCCAGCCCCCAGAGUCCAGACCCCAGCAAACUCCCCCAGAAGAGGCGCCUACAGCAGACACAAGUAGACUACCAAAGCACAACCACCACCACAACCCUCCAGACCCCUGAUGUUGCCUCCAGGCCUGGUAUGGUUCCCAGAGCUCAGUCAGGAGUCCCCCAUCCAGGCUAUCACAAGGGCCCAAAACUGCAAGGUGCCCGCCGAGUCUGUCGAAGGCUUCAACACCUGGACCAGUGCGAACACCAGAUCAAGCCCCAGGAAACCAAGUUCCACCUUCUCAACAGUGCCCAGAUGCCCCUUUUCCAUUGCAACUGCACCCGCCGUCUGGCACGUACCCUGAGGCUCCACAGCCCACCUGCCGGCACCAGCAAGGUUUGGGAGCUCCUGGGAACCACCUGCUUCAAGCUGGCCCCCCAACUCGACUGUGCUGAAGGCAAAGGCUGCUCCAGAGACCACAGGGCCAUCAAGGUGUCAGCGCGGCACCUGCAGAGGUUUCAGCGGAAACGAUUCCAUUUCUGGGGUAAAGGUGCAGAUGGGUCUGUGGCACAGCCUCUGGGGCCUUCAGGGACCUCCCAGUCAUUCUACAGCCAGUGUCUACAACUAACCCGUGCAAUCUGGAGAGCCGGUGGACAGAAGACAUUCCAGAGCUCAUAA